UGGUACUGACAUUUUAUCUGAAAGCUACAUAUUUUUACCUAAGCAGCAAUUCUAUCUUAUUUGUCCUGCUUUUCCUUUAUGGCAUUUCAUCUAUAUGUCUCUGUUUCAUGUUGAGCUCUCUCCUAAAGAAACCCAGAACCACUAGCUUUGUUAUUUUCAUUUUCACUUUUUGUUUGGGAGCCCUCAACUUUACUACAACAAUCAGGUUGAUACCUCCAAGUUUGGAGUUGAUUUUGAGCAUCUUCUGCCCAUUUGCUUUUGGUGCUGGGCUUUCAAAGGUUCUCUAUUUUCAAAAAUAUGGAAGGACCUUUGAUUUUACUGACUUAAUGUUGGAACCAUAUGGUUAUUGCUUGCUUAUUGACAGCAUCUUAUACAUGCUGCUGGCUUUCUAUUUUGAUAAGGUUGUGCCUGACAAAUAUGGGGUGCCUUAUCCUCCACUGUUUUUUCUGAAGAAGACCUAUUGGUGUAAACCAAAAAGCCCCUAUACUGGGAAUGUUCCUACAAGUGAAUGGAGUCAUGGGAGUAUCUUCAGUGAUAAUACUGAGCCUGUGCCCCCUGAAUUCGAUGGGAAGGAAGCCAUAAGACUAAAUAAUAUUAAAAAAAAUUAUAAAAUGAAAAGCACAGAAAAAGAAGCUUUGAAAGGAUUGUCCCUGGAUAUUUAUGAAGGUCAGAUCACUGCAAUACUUGGUCAUAGCACAUCUGGAAAAACUACAUUGCUAAACAUCCUCAGUGGACUUUCCAAACCAUCUGAUGGUUUUGCAUCCAUAUUCAAGUACAAUGUAUGUGAAAAGGAACAUAUGGAAAAGAUUUGGGAAAUAAGUGCUAUCUGUCCACAAUGGAAUAUUCAAUUUGAAUUUUUAACAGUGAGAGAAAACUUAAAAACAUUUGCUAAAAUAAAAGGGAUACCAUCCAAUGCUGUAGAAAAAGAGGUUGAAAAAUUGUUGACACUCUUGGACAUCAAGGCCAUUCAAAACACCCAAGCUAAUCAUUUAAGUGGUGGACAAAAACGAAAAUUAUCUCUUGGUAUUACACUUUUAGGAGAACCACAGGUAUUAUUACUAGAUGAGCCAACUUCUGGAUUGGAUCCAUAUUCUAGACACCAAGUGUGGUCUCUCCUGAAUGAACGCAAAGCAGGUCGAGUCAUUUUAUUCACCACCCAGUUCAUGGAUGAAGCUGAUAUCCUUUCUG